UGGUGCACCAGGGCAAAUGUCUCUCUCUCAAGGAAUCUUACCUACCCAACAACCACCCUCUCACACGGCCCUACCCAUCCACCCACGUCCUCUGAAAGAUGAUGUACCAUCCCAACUAACUGCCUCCCAUGGAGGUACGCCUACCCAACAAAUGCUGCACCAAGCCGGAAUACUCACGAAACCGAACACAAUUCCUUCAAACGAUCUAUUUAUAUCACCAAGUAGAGAAGUAACUGUGCAGUCUGCCCCACCUAUACCGUCUAGAGAACAUCGAAGUGGACCAGUCCAGUCACUAGUGGUGGAUGAAACGAGACUGAAUAAAGUACAAGGAGAGUUGAAAGAAGCUAAUGAUCAAGUUUAUGACUAUCAAAAUAAAUUACAAGUAUCAGAAGAAAAAUUAUCACUGGCCGAAAGAGAGACGAUUCGCUUAGAAAAGGUACUGUACGAUAUACUGUUACAGUACCAACUAUGAAAUACUACGUGAGUUGCUUUUGACCUUAUUCAUAAAUCAUGAUCGAGUCCUCGUAUUCUAGGAUACUAUUGUGCCGACGUUAACGGCUUGUUUCUUGUUGUUUAUUUUGAUUUUUGUGUGUGUUGUAAGAUUUUGUGCUCACAACGAAAGCUAUAAACGACUAUAGUAAAAAACGACCGGUUUUGUCCUGUUUUUUUUGUGUGGAAAGUCUAAAAAUAUGACAACGUAGCGGUGGUGUUUAUUAAGAAGCGAAAAAACAGUACUUUACUGAGAUUCUAACGUCAAUACAUCCGUAAAAAAUCAAAGCAAGUCACAACAAUGGAAUGUAAGUUUAUUUUAUAAUUUGAUAUGAAUAUGAAAGAAAACAAGAGUUCAAAAAUCACAAGAAAACGUCAAAUGUUAUUGAUUCGCAUGGAAAAAAUAUUAACUGUGCCUGGGCUCGAAGACAUUCUGCAAGCAACUUACAAGUUUAAAAAGUAAAAGAUACAAUACCUGAGUGAGUUGUAAUCUUAUUUCUUCAGUCUUAUUUCUACUUUGAUAUUUUGUACGAUUUUGGUGUUGUAGACUUUUUGUGGCCUUGUAGGCCCUUGCCUUGUUGGUUGGUUGUUUUGGCCAUACAAACUAUAACAAACAAAAAUUUCCUUUUCCGAUUGACACCAGCAUCUUUUACGUUAAAACAUCACAUUAUAUUUUCUCUGAAGUAUUAUUUCAACUUUCAUGCUCAGAUUUAUGGAUAUAUUUUCGGAAAAAACAGUUUGUGUUUUAGUUAACUUUUUUAUUUACUCCUACCAUCGCCGACAGCAAAAUUUUUCUUGUCAAUUUUCCCGCGUUAUCCCCCGUUUCCUAGGAUACGAGGCCUCAUCACGAUUUAUGAAUAAGGUCUAUGUGCUUGGAAGACCGGUGCAAUAUUGGAAUUUCAGGCAAUGUAUGCUAUUGAUAAAUAUUUACAUAGAUAAAUUUGAAAUAACUGUUUUUAGUCGAAAUAGGUCCUGCUAUAAUGACAUUUAUAAAAAGUUCUUUUUCCAAAUAAAAAAAUAUGUAAAUGUCUUGUCCUUUAUUUUAGCUCUUCGAGCACGAGUAAAGAACAUGGAUUUUCUUGCGCCAUCGCAUUCUCCCAGAAUGCACCACGACCUCGUUUUUCAUGUGCUGUAUGUGGAAUGAACGUGUGGUCUUUAUACUCAUUUUUGCGCAGCGCCUUUCCUCGUUCAUAUUGUACAUGUCAGCUUCCCUUUUAGAGCUUAGAAGAAAUGAAGAAAAAAUAUACGGAAGCAACAGAUGUCGCUAAAGAACAGUAUUUAGAAAUUGAAAGACAAAUAGAGCGAUAUGAUUUAUUACAGGUAAAAAUAUAUUCACUCUGACACUACAGAGAACAACGGAAAAUUCUGGCUUCUAGAUCGUUGCGCUAGCCGUUCAGUUAUCGAGUCAGCGCGGGGAGUGGUAGCUAGUUUUAUCUCCGAAUUGAGUGCACGGAAUAUUUUGGCGAUGACUUAAUAACGCUCGAUAAACAGAGCUAUAUCUCUGCAUGUAGUGUCAGAAUCAAUAUGAAUCUCUGUGGAUGGUUCUGAAAUAAUCACAUCUAUCGAUAGAAUAGCAGUGCAUGUGUGCCCAGAAAACCACACCAUAUGCAGUAUAUAUAUAUAUAUAUAUAUAUAUAUAUAUAUAUAUAUAUAUAUAUAUAUAUAUAUAUAUAUAUAUAUAUAUAUAUAUAUAUAUAUAUAUAUACCCGAAGGGCGAAGGACGUUUUCAAGACCGAUGGCACAGUUUUUCUCAUGCGGACCGACGCUGCCGGUAAAUAACGUGUUUAUUUUUUAUCAGAUGUAAAAAUUAAAUUCAUUAAAAUUCCAGUGUUGCUUGCGAACUAACUUGAGAUCAGUGCAGUUGUGUAUUUUCAAAGCGAGGCUGACAAAAAUUGAAAUUUGAAAAGUUGACUGAUAUAAAACACGAUACGAAAACUCGAGAAAACUGGCAAGAAACACACAAAAAGACGUAUAGUUUUCAGUAAAAAUGUACAUGCUUUUUUCAUGAAUAUGGUAUAGAAGAGAAGCUUUGGAAUAAAAACUUUUAUGCCUGGCGUUUUGGCUUUGGCAAAAUCAAUUGCUCCUGACAACGACAAGUUCAUGUUCAGGUCAGAUCAAAAACAUAUAAAAAUGAAUCUGUUUUCAUUUAAUCAACGUUUUUCUAAUAAAAGGUCAAUGAAAAUGGUAUGUUGUUUUUAUAUUUUUGUAUUUUUUCUUGUCGUUUCACGAUAAUAUGCUUGAAAAAAUUGUGUUUAAUUUAAACACAAACUUUUACUUUGUUUACCAUAUUUAUAUCAGUGAAGAAUGUAUGACACAAAUGGGUACAGAAUAUAUUCGUGACUUGUUUUCACUGCUGCAAAUAAAACUUUUUUUAAAUGGGAAAACAUUUAUUUUACAAUAACUGUUUAAGCUGUAAUUUUUUCGCUUUUAAGUGGCCGAAUACAUGAGCAUUUAAAAAAUAUGUAGCUUUCUCGACGUAACUUUUAUACAUGUCGAAUAAUUUUCCGACAUUCAGUCGCAUUUCUAUAAAAAUAUUGUCAAUUCUGGUGAACAUCGUGCUUAGUAUGAAGUCUUUAGGGCUUGAUGCAAUUCAUUUUUGUAUUCCGACUAUCGUUAGGCUAUGUUUUUCAAACGUUUUUGGCAGAUUUUUUCUUUUAAAAAAUUGUUUCACUCCUCAGUUUUUGUCGCGAAAGCCAGAGCGGGCAGUUGCAUUUCACAGCGUGCAGUUGCGUUUCAGAGCGGGCCGGAUGCAAAAAACCGGCCCGCUCUGAAAGGCUGUCAGCCAAUCAGAUUGCUUCAUUUUCACUGAUAAAAAAUAAAAACGAAAUCUUUUACUAUCAUGAACGAAAGAAAUUAUGUAUCGAAGAACUUUUUAUCUAGAUUGCAGUGUCACGUUUCACCAGAUAUUCGGUUUUCUUUAAUAAAGGAAUGAAGACAUGCAAGCACCCUGGUAUUUCUUCCCUCCUAUUUAACAAAAUCAUUUGGAACAGAGUUCAUUAUGUUCAUCCUUAAAUAAUUUUGAUGUCAGCAACCAUAAUAAAGUCUUCACUAAGAUCUCAUUUGCAAUUGAUGUCCAUAUUAUUUACUAGUUACUUUAUUUGCAUUACUUUAUGAAAGAAAAUGAAAGAUUUAAGCAUAGAACCAUGUAAGUAAAAAUACGUCAAAGAAAGUACUUUACAGUUUUGAAAUUGUUCUUUCGUGCAGGAUAAUAGACAGCUUCGUGUCAUAUUAAGCCCUAGCUUCACUAUACUGUAUAUGAUACUCUAUGUAUGGUCAAGCGAUAUUACAUGCUAUUUAAGCCAACGAUAUUAUUUAAUCAAAGCUGUUUCUAUUUUCUAGGAUCAACACGAAGAGCAGUUAAAGAAAUUGAGGGAGGCAGGACAAGAGUCCUUCGCAUUAAUUGUGGAAGAAUACAAGGUGUGUCAUACUGUAAAUGAAUAAGUGAUCAGGAGCGAACACAUCACGAAAUAAUGUGGGUGCGACUUUAGGUUGCCAACAUACUCUCUCUUGAUGCUGCGAACCUCAGUUUCGAAACCUUAUAGCCAACAUUUCUUGGUUUUUGCUUAAAUAAUAGCCAAACAAGGCUUUCGUGUAUGUAGAAUCAUUGUUUCAUGUUAUUAAAGGAAUACCGAAUGGUUUUCCGUGCAAGAUUGCGUGAUCCAUGCACGCGGGAUGUUGCGAGACUUUCGGAAAGCAUAAAAAUAGACGAGCCGUAGGCGAGUGUAUUUUUACGCUUUCCGUAAGUCGAGCAACAUCCCAAGUGCAUGGAUCAUGCUAUCCUGCACGGGAAAACCAUUUGGUAAUUGUUUUAUAAAAUUACUACAGUGAAACGACGCUUAACUUGAUUAAAAUUACUGAUGAAAUGUUCAGUUCUCACAACAUUCGUGAAUUAACCAAUCAGAGAAUCGCUAAUCCACACUAUUGAAAACAACAACAUAUGUGAACAGAAUUUGAUCGCAAAUUCGCGAAAAUAUACAGCGAAAAUACAGGGACUUUUUCGAUAAAAUAUACGAAAUUUGAAAUGGAAAACCCGCUAAACAGAGAGCCAAAGUAGUUUUGAAGAUUCUCGACCUGAAUAUGUCAAGAUUGCGAAGCGUUUGAUCAACUUUGAAGACAGAGAUGUUAUACUUGCAUGCCAUGGUCUGAUGAAUUUCAACGCUACGCGUUGCUACUUGCUGAAUAGCAAUGUAUUGAUCAGAAAUUUAUUCAUACAACUAUACCAACGUCUCAAUAAUUGGAAACUUACUUCAAAGUCGAAAGGUAUCAUAAAAUGAAACUUUACAAUGCGAGUAUAUUUGUAAAAUUAUAUCCAAGAAUUUCUGUUCAGAAUUUCGCGUGCAGGAUUGUCUGAUCCUGCACGGCUGUUGACCAAUCAAAUUGCGUGUUUCACUGUAGUUAUUAUAUAAACUGUUUUACUGCAUAGCUAAAUACCUAAAAUCCGCCACUGCAAAUGGUGUGCGAAUGCAGUCAAUGUCAGAGGUCAUUCUGUAUAACAUGAUACUAUACUCAUGCUCAAUAUUUUAGCUGUUUUAAAGAACCAUCAUGGAACCUUCUGUGUUGAUCCUAAUGUGUCAGUCCAAUGUUUUUUACUUCUUCAGGAAUUAUCAAAAACUGCCGUCGCCCAGGAACGAGAGAAGAACGAAAAACUCCUGCAACGAGUACUAGAAGAAGAAAGAGAAAAAUUUACAACAUUCGUCAAUCAACAGGUUUAUGUAGUAUUAAUGUAUUUUAAUAUCUUACUAUAAACAACAAUAUAUUAGUGUAAACAUUUAACGAAUGCUACUGUAUAUUACUUGACUACUGUUUAAUGCACCAAUUCGUUAAGCAAAUGUUCUAGGACAAUUAAGAAAACAACUAUGACACACACAAUGUUGUGGGAGAAGGGUUGUCGAGGAGAAAUGCUCCGAUUAUACUUUAAACUGUGGCCAAAGUGUCGCCCCACAGACUCACUAUUACAGCAAUAUGAUUAUGAUAUAAUUAUAUGUCCUCAGGGGGUCGUGGUUCCCCCAUGUUGGACUUUACCCAAGGGGUAGUAGAUCCCCGAGAUGUGCAUCCUAAAUGUCCAAGGGGUAGUAGAUCCCCGUGAUGGUCAUUGUUUACUUUAAUGUCCAAGGGGUAGUACAUGUAGAUCCCUGUGAUGGUCGUUGUUUACUUUACAAUACACUGUAUAAUACAUUGAAUUGUGUGAGUCUAUGGGGUUGAGGGUGACCUUUGGGAGCACUCCAUCCCCAAACAACCAAAUAUUUUUAUUUUUACAACCAGACUUGCAAAGUCAAUUCCAAUACUGUAUAUUACAAAAUAUAGAUGUGCCUGUAAUAACAUAUUAUUAACCAGUAACUACUCCAUAAUACUUUAUCUAUAACACUAUAUGAAUUGCAUUUCAUGUGAAUCUUGAUGACGGAUUGCAUAUCAAAACAAUAUUUGCAGAUUUGUAUUUAUUAUGUGAUACGAGUUAUGAUAUAGUGGUGCAAAAUUCUUGAAGGGUGGGAUGGGUGGUAUUGGAAUUCCCCACCGUUUUAUAUACAUUAAUCCGCGGUUAUAAACCUGCAACCUUAUCCUUAGUUCAGCAUAUACAUGUAACAACUGUCAACAUUUCACAUGUAUGUUUAGGGGGAGAAUCUUAAGCUGUUGGUGAAGGAAGAACAAGCGAAUAAUUUGAAGAAGUUAGAAGAUGGUUUAGAAGAACAGAAAACAAAACAUCAAGUGAGUUAUAACUGUAUGUUCUGCCAAUAUUUACUUGGCUUGAUAGUUGAUAUAUACACUGUAACACAGAGUGUCUCAGAAUCUAUAUACAUGUAUCACUGUAAGUCUCGACUUUUGAGCGAAUCGCCAUAUUUAAAAUCAUAUAGAAUGAGGGGGGGGGGGGGCAAAAAAAAAAAGCCUCUAAGGGGGUACCAAAAUCUUAGUACUAUAGGUACGGGAAACAAUUACAUUUUAUAACUAUUGUUGAAUAUUGAAUGUAUUUGUGCCCAGAUUUAAUUAUUAUUGUUGAAUAUUGAAUGUAUUUGUGCCCAGAUUUUUUCUAUAAUUAUUAAAUCAUCACAAGGUAUAUGUUUUAGUCGGAUUCAGUAUCCGUUGAACUUUUGGAGUACAAAUCUGAUACACCUGAAUUGUCAAUGCUAACAAGCUCACACCGGCAUUAGAACUUGAUUAACCCGAUGAGGAAGUGUCACAUUGAAUGGAAGCAAAUGUUUUCUAUUUGAGAUAAACCCCAAACAAGUUUUUCUGUUUGAUCUUACCCUCAGCCCAUCGCUAGUAUGUCAGAAUCAGAAAAGCCUGAUGACGAAUCGGAGACUGCGGAAAAUGUUGAGGAUAUGGUUACCACUACAAGAAGUGGGAGAGUUAUCACAAACUGGAGAGUUUCGAAAUAUAGAUAAACGCAAGACAAAUGUCAAAACAGAAUUAAUGAUAGAACGGGGGGUAUGAAAAUUUUCACUUACAUUGAAGGGGGUUACGAAAAUUUUUCCAUAGGUUUUUGGGAGGGUAUGGAAAUAUGUACUUGAAAUUUCAUUUAUCCUCCACCCCCUCUAGUAAUUACUUUAUGACCGGUCCCUAAUUACGAAUACUUCAUGUUGAAACAAUGUUUGGAAAAUAUAGGCGAGGGGUUGUUGCAUUCAUGUAUUUCUAGUAAUAAAUUGUAAUCUUCAUAUUAUUAGACUGAAUUGAAUGAAUGUCUUGAAGAAGAACAGUUGCGUGGAAAGGAAGCCAUUGAAAAGGCUGUAGAGGUACAACAUUGUAGUUUGAUAGGGAUACAACUACCUGAAAAAUACCAGAAGAGCUUCGGCGUUUUGAGCGAACUAACCUCCCGACGAAAGGCCUUCGCUCGAAACGUCGAAGUACUCCUUAGUCUCCUUGUAUUUUUCGGGUAGACACUGGAAACAAAUUUGUGAAAUCCAGACAAUGGAAUUUGCAAUUACAUUACUAAAUCCAUAGUACAUCCAUAUUAUUUCCAUACAAUAUCCAUAGUAUGGAAAUUGCAAUUAGUAUGAAAAUUGGAUUUCCAUACCACUUCCAACAAACAUCAAUGCUAUUUUGAAAACAAAUUCCAUGAAGUUGUAUCUUUAUCAAUCCGCAGCUUUCUUAUUAUUGGUACUACCUACACUGAUCAUGACUGACACAUGCAGACCUUUCAAGAUUAUCGUACAGCAUUGUACACCCUUCUCUUUGGCCCUUUCACUUUGCCCGGUGGCUUUGUUCUGGGCGAGCGGAUGAAAUGCUAGUUUUCGACAAGGAAAGACUUGUUGUUGUGAUGAUAUUAAUUCGUGGGAUAAAAUCAGCUCGCUGAAGUUAUUGCGUGUGUAAAGGCCCAUUUCCACUCAAGCAGAAUUUCCACGGACAGAAAGUUUCCCGAAAAUAUCAUUGUUAAGAGAUGAAAGUAUUCAUUUUACCAACGAAAAAUAUGUAUCGGCCAAUCACAUUUUGCAAAAUUUUCUGCGGAGAAUUUUCCUGAGUGGAAAUGGGCCUUAAAAUGUUGUCUUUCUAAUUUGUUUGAGAUGCAAAUGCAUACGUAGUGAAUUGAAAAAUACGGCUAGAUUACUAUGACGUAACUAUUGUACUGUACAGAUUGAUUCUCCUUAAUAUUUACAUAUCCUGCUACCUACCGUCAGGGCCUUUCAGGGGGGGGGGGGGGCAAUUUGCCCCGGGCCCCCCCAUUUGCAAAUUAAAAAAAAAAUUGGAAGUUUUCUGAUAUAAAUAAUGGUACGAUAAAAAAUUUUCUAAACCUAAAUUUUAAAAAGGGAUUUAUCCGGAAAAAUUUUUGUGAACCUGAAUUUAACUGAUGUUCGUCCCGAAAAAUUUUUUGAACCUUUUUUAAUGUCCGGGAAAAUUCCCCCCUCCCCCGCUCGCCAACAUUUUUGGGGAAAAAUAGGGGGCCCGAAAUAAAAAUUUGCCCCGGGCCCCCGAAUUUCUCUGAUAGGCCAUGCCUACCGUAGUCUUGUUAAUAUGCAUGAAUAUUUACAUGCUACUAAAACUUUCCAGGAGGAACGAGCUCGUGGGAAAGCAUUGACGGAGGAGUUGACAAAUAAUCAGAAAAAAGAAUUCGAAAAUUUUAUGGCAGAGCAAAAGGUAUUUAAAGUUGUAACACAAUACUGUUUGUGAAUGUAUAGUAAUCUAACUCUCCUCAGUAGUUUCACGUGAAGGGAGAUGAUGUACUACUUCUGGUAAAGAAAGUAGAAUAAAUAACAACAAUUGAAUAAUAAUAUACAUCCAUAGGCAGCCCAGCAAAAUGUGUAUUCACUUAAAAAUGCAUUAAACGCUUAAAACUACGUAUAAAGUUCGUCUCAAUUUGCUAUCAAGCGAUUUAUUUGUGUAGCUCAUUAUACAUGCAGAUUCCGAUGUUUACGUCAUUGUAUUUUCAUAUAGUAUAAUAUCCUAAGGCGGGCAACUCUUACAAAAACAUUCACACACACUAUUACCUUCGCUUCAAACAACAACAAGAACACCGCUACUUUCUGAAAAAAAAAACUAGAUACAAAACACCUUGGAUAUAAUAUACUGCAGUCAUGAUUUUUCCUCGGAAUUUGCCGAUUUUCAGCAGCCAAUGAGCAAUAGCCGAUGAUUUUUCCGAUGAUGACGAUUGUGAAGCAUUUUGCAUAAUAGUGUGUGUAAAUGUUUUUGUAAAAGAGUUGCCCGCCUUAGGAUAUAAUACUAUAUGAAAAUACAAUGACGUAAACAUCGGAAUCUGCAUGUAUAAUGAGCUACACAAAUAAAUCGCUUGAUAGCAAAUUGAGACGAACUUUAUACGUAUGUUUAAGCGUUUAAUGCAUUUUUAAGUGAAUACACAUUUUGCUGGGCUGCCUACUGUAUGAUAAAUCUGAACAAACCUUAUCCGGACACGCACUGUGAAACACAAUCUCUGCUUCCCUCAUCCACUGUUGAUUUCCAAUAUGAUAUGUACUUGAGUGCUGCGAUGUGCCACCCACAUUUUAAAAUAUUUUCAGCAAUACUGAAAUUCUGUUUGUCGUAAAACUGUAACUUGAAAAUUCCUGAAUGUAAGUAUAAAAAGGCAUGCAUAAAUAAAGAGACAUUAGAAGUCCAGGUUUUGUGGUUGUAAGUUUUGACUAACAAUCUCUAACCAAAAAUUUUCUGCGGCUGUAUAAUGAUGUGUUUUUUCGCUUUCAGAAAAUAUUUGAAGAAAAUCUCGCAGACGAAAGGAAAGGGACGGCCAAGCAAAUCAAGGAAGUUUUAAAAGAAGAACAAGAACGAGCAAGGGUAACUUAAAAAUUGUUGGAAAAGCGUAAAUGAGCUGGUGAACAUCUUGAAGCACGUGUAUUCCUACGUACGACAGUUUUACGUUUCUUAAACAUUACACUCCAUUACACCAGCGACUAUACUUAACAUGUUCCAACACUGCGAAUCUGACAGACAUUACUUGCACUAAAAACGUGUUUCUAGUCAGGGGACGUUUAGCUACGUUUUCUAGAUAAGCGGUGUUUCAAAGAGAAGGGCGCCAACUCUAUUGCAAUUUUCUAUUAAGGUUACAGGACACCCUUUUUGGCGUUUUGCGGAAAAUCGCUACUGCGCGCUCAAUAUCAGUCCGAUUUGAAUCAAAUUUUCACCAAAUGUUCGCCAGUGUAUGCAAAAUAUGGUAAAGUUGUAAAAUUAACAAACAAUAAAAUAAUAUAAGAAUUAUUCAGGAAAAUCUUAAAUCGCGGUACCGUUACGCUUUUGAGUUAUGCUCCUGCUGGUUUUAAGUUAUAUUUAUGAAAAUAUCAUUUUUAUACAGUAAAAUAGUUAUUCUAAAAAAUUGUGUUCGGAAUUUUUUGUUUAUUUCGUUAUUCCGCUGAUAUGGCGAUUUCUUUGACGACUGCAAUAUAUUUCUGAAUUGUUUGAGUGAAUUGCUCUUUAUUAUUAAAAUAUCCAAAAUUUAAAAAAAGCCGAACACCAUUUUGAAACUGACGUCUUUAGCUAUGUCCUGUGAAAAUUUGAGAAAAAUUGGUCAAAACCUGCAGGAGCACAACUCGUUUAAAAAUCAGUAAUUGCCGUAAAAUUCUUCAGGAGAAAAUUGAAUUUGAAUAUUACAUUUUCAAUGUUUUUCUUAUUGCAGCGAAUUGUAUUUUAUUAAAUAACUCUGCGAGUUUUCAACAUUUUUCGUUCAAACUUGGUCAGAUAGUAGAACUAGUCUAGUGCUUUCAUGGAAACCAAUAAAAAAAAUUUAGGCAAAAUUAACCCUCAAAGGUGUUCUGUAACCUUAAGAAAAGACUACCUCCUGAUCCUUUCCGACCAUGAAUGGAACAGAUUUUGGCUACGUUUACACUAUAAAGGCCCGUUUACACGGGCGAUUUUUGCUGCGAUUUUAGUUGCGAUUUUCUCGUUUUGGAGGAUGAGUAUAGAUUACUAAAUGAUGUUGUUAUGAGAUUUCAUAACCUGGAACAUUUAUAACUGAUCUACUCCUUCACAUCCUCCAACAUGAGAAAAUCGCAACUGAAAUCGCAGCAAAAAUCGCCCGUGUAAAUGGGCCUUAAUGGAUAGCUUUCCAUAGCGGCGGCGCGAUAAAGCACCUAUCCGGAACGGAAUGUACAACUUUCAGAAGCUGAGCGAAAAAACAUCUCUCCGUUGCAACAAUUUCUCUGAAAAUAGCGUUCCUAUAAAAGGUACGGUUAGGUAUUUUUUCACGUCGCUAGCUAUCCGGUACAGUGUAAAUGUAGUCUUACAUUUUUCAUUCCAUUCUUAGAGGUACAGUAGUGGUGAAAUCUAGAACUUCUUUAUUUACUAAUGUACAAAGAGAACCCCUACGCACAGUAAUAAACUUUGUAAUUUAGUAUAGCAUAACCCUAAUCAAACGAAGAUGUGAGUCAAUGAGAGACAGCAUUUUGGGAGUUUGGUGAGAGUUUUAUCAGCCGUCAUGCUCAGAUCAAACGAGAACAAAAGUUUCAUGACAGUUCACUGGAUAGUACAGCGUGUAAACACCUGUAAUCAAGUCUCGUGAAAGUUUAAAUCGACCCAAUGUUGAUGAGAGUUGGGCGGUCAUCCACUCUCAUUAAGUCAUUGAUUUUUAAAGCGGGUCUAAUUUUGUAAUUACUGUAUUGUGUAAUUAUAGUUCACUAAAAUGCAGGCAUUGCUGCGCAGUAAUGCCUUUUCGAUGUUCGCCGAUUAGCUGUUUUAAGGAAAAACGUAACGUCCAAGUUAAAUAAGCACAAGUCACUCCGUUACUAGAAAUGCAUUUUUUUAUGUAUAGAAUGAUUUAGACGAAGCAAUGGCAGAAGAACGUGAAAAAACUCGAGAUGUUGUCGCUGUUAUUAAAGAAAAGACGAAAGAAGAUAUCGGAGAGUAUAUAAAAGAGAAGGAAAAGGUUUGUGACUCUGGAGGAAGAGCUAGUGGAACACUUUGACUUCACUGCUUGUGGCUUCAAUUAAGUGGUGUUUAACUUAUAACUAUUUUUAGCACUUGUGAUUAGGGCAAGCUAGACAUGACAAUUGGUUGCCUGCAGAAUAAAAUUUACUUGCUAUCAUGUCUAGUUUUCAUGCCCUCACAUAUUAGCAUAAUUUGAAGCAAAUGAUUGCAUGCAGUAAAUGUUGAUUUAAUGAACAUUCUAAUCUUAUAUAUAUUUUCCUUAACAAAGUAAUUUCAAGACUUAAUCAUGAAUUGUUGAUUUCAGCUGAUUUGCCAAUAUAUAAAGAAUCAAAAACAGAAUGCAUAACAUAAACAAGCAAACAGUAAUUCAUUUUGUGUAGCAAUUAAUCAGGCAACCAAGAAGCAACUUCUACAUGCGUGAGAGGGGGGGGGGGGGGGGGGGGGGGGGGGCGGGCGAGGGGUUGCAGUUUAGAGCCUUCUGGAAUAUAUAUUUCAACUUGAUUUGGUUUGAUUGUAUUGCGUUAUUCUAGAUUAGAAUUUUUUGAUGUAGUCUGUGACGACCUAUGGGAAGUAAAUACUUACCUUAUAGAAACCGAAACAAAUUUUCAUAUGAAAUUGUAGAUAUGGAAUCAUGAGUAUUUGAAACAGAAAAUCGUACGGAUUACAAUCAAUUUCGACCGAGAGAGACAAGCUUACUAGAAAUAUGAACUUAAUAUGUAUUUCACCGGAACGCAGAAACGCCAUCUAACAUAAAAUUCCUGACCAAUUGAUAUUUAUGUCUAAUCAUUGCUUAUCAAUUUAUUUCUUAUGAGGGAGGAGAGGGAGGGGAGGGAUUGCAACUUAAUAGGGAGGGUGUUUAUUAAAUUUCUUCCUUUAGAUAAUAAAGGAGUGGGCAUAUUAGAGAGGGCUCCAGGCGUUUAAUAUUUCAGAGGGCGGGGUUUAAUAGAGCAUUUAUGCUACUAAAUCAAGUAACCCAGACAGAUAUCGGUAAAGUGUAAAACGUUUUCCAUUACAGGAUAACAAGUUCUUUGUUACAAAAUCAACCUGACGUUCUCCUUGACGAUGUCUUUUGAGUUUUAACUGACGUUAUUUGCGAACACCGCCGGGUUGACAAUUAAAAAUGUUUAGUCGCCCAAGGGGAUACCAACGAAUAAGAUCUGCAUGGUCACCAAAUUUAAUAUCAGGUCUCCCUAUAUAUUAUUGUGUUAAGAUAUUUGUGUAUAAAUCACAUAACUACCGGCUGUUUAAUAUGUUUCCAAAUUUUGUGCAAAAGCAGAAUGAAAUGCUUGAUCACCGAGAUAUUUUAAAGCUUUAGGAUUACUUUAUUAUAUUAAGUUUUUUCUCAAUCAUUAUAAGAGGGCUAACUUGGCAAAUAUCUGGUCACCAGAUGAAAAAUUUGAUGACCUGGCGCCCGCUCAUAUCAAACCCUGUUUGCGAAUGAUUGCAUCCUCAGUCUUUUAAGAUAUACGGAUAUAUGUCAAUCCUAACGUUUUUAUUAACAUUCUUGUAGGCUGAUGAGGCUGUACGACUACGGAGUUAUCAAAGCAUGGAUCUGUUUUUACAGGGAGUACAAACCCAACUUCGUUCUCUCGUCAACAAUAGCGAUAUCCCACCAUCUUCAUAAAAUAUAGAGUGUAUAGUUAGAUAGUUAUUAACCCAUUUAGAAUAUGAAUACGAUAGUGCAAUAUUUUCAAUAAACAUUAGGUCGAGUGUGUUUGGUUGAGUCAAGAACUCUGAAGAACUCUUACAUACGUUGGGGGUACAGAAAGACACAGAUAAAAGAACUUGCCAUUGCCACAAACACACUCGACUAUUUCAGGUAGUAACAUUUGAACAUUUAACACCUUCAGUAACGUAACUUACCCGUGUAGAUAGUUAUAGGUGCAAAGGGUGCAGUUUACCAAACAUUUGCAAUUAUUUGGAUCCAGGUUAAUUAAGGGAUAUGUUGCAAUUUGGAGUAUCGACAUGACCAUCCGUUUGCACCUAUCUCACCGAGUUACUCGGUGGAAUUGAAGCGAUUCCGAAUGCCCGUUUCAAGGGUGGGAUGGUGGGAUUUUCCAACUUGUAUUUGAAGUAAACUGGCGAUAUGUAUCCGCCUGGCAAUGCCGCACUGGCCACAAUGAACUGACACAUGUUAUAGUAUACUCUUCGCCUUUGUAGCAUGAAACCCAUCCCCAGGCUCCCCGCGCGCUGUUCGUUAGUUGUUGACCUUGGUUAUUGCAUAACCUCGUAUACUUUCGUAAAGGUCAAUUAAAGGCCCUGUUACACGGUGCAAUUUUUCAUGCAACUUGUCUCGCAAUGUUUAAAAAAAAAUUUGAUAAUGCAUUGCAAGAGGUGUUACACGCUGCAAUGAUAUUCAUGCAACUCGCAACGAUACGGGACAGAGGCAUGCGAAGAGAAUAGGGAGAGGCGCUAUUUGGCGCCAAAUUUUAUUUAAAGUAAAGCGUGUACUGGGGAGAGCCAAUGGGAACUCUCCAAGCAUUAAGCAUUGCGAGACAAGUUGCACGAAGCCAUGUUACACGCUGCAAUGCUAAAAAUAAUUAGUGCAAUCGUUGCCAAAAGUAGAACCGACUUCUACUCUCUGCAAUGCUUCAUGCAACUUGUCGCGCAACGAUUUUGACCAUUGCAAGGCAUGUUAAACGGUGCAAUGACUCGUGCAACUUGUCUCGGAACGCCAUUGCGAGACAAGUUGCAUGAAAAAUUGCACCGUGUAACAGGGCCUUAAGCCAAGGUAUACUCAGUCGCAAUAAAUUUUUGUAGAUAAUUAUGUAGGCGUUAACUGUGUUGGUUGAUUGCAUGCCGGAAUUAAUGUGAAUUAUAAUUGUUUAAUAUUUGUGGAAACAUCACGUUCAUUUUAUGUUACUAGCUUUCAAUCUAUAAGCCAGCAUGGAUCUUGCCCAGUGUAGUUAUUAUAGUACCAAUGAAUUUGAAUUUUUACCAAUGAACGAACUUGAAUCCGACGAAACGUCGCGAAAGCCGAGGCAAGGAAGUAAACGUGCAUGUCCAUGCACAAAAGAAAACAAUUACGUGUGUUGUUGCUAAUUACCUACAAACUCAAGGACUUUAUUGUGGUUUAUUGCAAUUAUGGAAUAAUUUAUGGCAUGAAGACAAAAAAGUGUCUUUAAUUAAAAAAACAAUAUACGGUUGACGUUAAAAAAAAAGCAAAAUACGUGAUCGCGAGUAUCCUUUUAUCUCCAAACUGCAGCAAAUAGAAAUAUUAAGAAACUGAAUGUCUACGAAGUCCUCUCUUCUGAGAUAUUUGCCCUUGUCAUGGGCAUGGCCAUGAAAACAGGAUAGUUUACCGUAAAAGCAACGAAAGUUUUACAUGUUCUUUUAGACUGAAAUCCAGGCUUAAGCUUAAGCCUGGAUUUCAGUCUAAAAGAACAUGUAAAACUAUAAAAUAGAUUAAUGUUGAAAAUGUUUAGAUUAUCUCUUUUCGUUCUGGAGAUAUUUAAUUUUGUUUGAUAUGUAAAUGAAAUAAAUCUAUGACAUUACAGGCGAGUAAAAUAUUUGCACGGGCGCAUGAAGUUUCGUUAAAAUCAUAAGC